CCCUACAGCAGAAGUGGGGCAACGAGGAUGAAAGGGAAGCGAGCAAAGUGCGAUCGCUGCUGUUUUCUCCUUCUGGGCACUCGGUCCCCUCCAAUCCCUCGACCUCGUCGGCUCUGCCCAUCCGAUCCCUCCGCUCGGCCAGCUUUUCAAAUUCUCCUUCUUCGAUCGCGGGGGGUCGCUUUCUCUGCCGUCUCAAACAUGCGAAUUUGAGGGAAGCAGGCGAGGAAACAGGUGGAAGAAUUCUGAGACAGACUAGGGAGGGAGUAUGGUGGGUGUUGCAGAGGAAGCGGAGCUGGAUCGGCUCGAGAAGCAGGUCGAUGGAGGCAGGAAAGAGGACACGGCUCAGUAUUUGAGCUUGGUGAGAAAAUUGAAGGUUCGGCGGUCCGAGAAGGUGGCCCUGCAUGGUCUCGCUUUGCUCAAUAGCCCUUCUGCGGCGUCGAAGCUGGGAGAUGAUGUCUGGACGGUAUAUGAGCAAGUGGCGAUUGCUGCAAUGGACUGCAACUGCUUGGACGUGGCCAAGGAAUGCAUCACGGCACUUAUGAAGAAAUUUCCCGAUAGUAAUCGAGUCGGUCGUCUAGAGGGCAUGUGGAUGGAAGCUAAGGGCUACUGGCAACAAGCUGAAAAAGUUUAUGAGAGCCUUCUUGAAGUCAACGCAACAGAUCCAUUUCUACAUAAGAGGAAAGUGGCAAUGGCUAAAGCUCAAGGGAACUUCUCGGGAGCAGUGGAGGCGUUGAACAAGUACCUUGAGACGUUCAUGGCAGAUCACGACGCAUGGAGGGAACUAGCCGAGCUCUACAUUUCUCUUCUCAUGUAUAAACAAGCCGCCUUCUGCUACGAGGAACUCAUACUAGCGCAACCAACCAAUGCGUUGUACCAUCUUGGCUAUGCUGAGUUGUUGUACACCAUUGGCGGCUUGGAAAACCUUCGCGCUGCCAAAAAGUAUUAUUCUGCAACUAUCGAGCUUAGCGGAGGAAGGAACAUACGAGCACUCUACGGCGUAGUCCUGUGUGGUGCAGCCAUAAAUCAGCUGUUGAAGCAGACCCGAAGUCGAAACGAGGAGGAGAGUAUGGAGAUAGUGUCUUUAGCAAGUACAGUUUUGAAGAUGGAGUAUAAAAGCAAGGCGCCGAAGAAACUGCCACUUCUCGCUCCUCUUCUCGAGAAGGCAGCAUCUGCAUCCUGAGCGAGCACGCUAAUCAAACCAUCGGCAUCAAUAGUCACCGAGUGCCCUGCGAAUGCCAUGCUGAGAAGGAAUGUGAAGAACCGUAUUGCCCUUCACUGCGACACGAUCUCUUGAGGAGUGAAGAUUGUUCGAAUACGUUCAAUCUCUUCGUACACCUCGUUCUCAAAAUAUCCCUCCCUUCGCGUGUUGACUUUUUGUGGUGAGGCGAGGGCGAGGCAAGAAGGGCAGAAGCUCUAGUGUAUGGAUGUCAUUCUUGAAAGCCAGUAGGUACAAAGCAAGUAGAAGCUUUGUGGGGUAGUUUUGUACAGAUUGUUAUUGAUCUGCGAAAGCAGGGAACUUGACAAAGCUUUGAGGAAGUUUUGACCAUCAAGAGCAGCAGCAGCAGCUCGGAGUGCAGGUUUGGUUCUAAGGCAUCUGUUCAAGAUAUUGAGAGGCAGGCAUCGUUGCCCGAUUAAUGUGCAUGCUUUGUCAAAGUCCACAUAAUAAAAUACUUUGAAGAGCUUUGUGGAAAGCCUUCGUUUUCCUUUCCAA